AUUUGUAGGCGAGUUGAAGCUUUUCAGUGAUUCCAAUUAAUGGAUGGUGGUAAUUGUUACCCCUUUUUUGACCCAGAGUUUGACCCCCUCUCCGAAAAUAUCCCUCCACUGAGGGUGAGCGUUGACAAUGAAACACGUGACAAUCACACAAUUAUCAAGGUGGAUAGUGCUAACAUACAUGGGAUCCUUCUAGAAAUGGUUCAAGUCCUUUCCGAUUUGAAUCUUGUCAUCUCUAAAUCGUAUAUCUCAUCAGAUGGUGGAUGGCUCAUGGAUGUCUUCCACGUAACCGACCAUCAUGGACACAAACUCACAGACCCUAACCUCAUACAACACAUACGAAAAUCUCUUAGUGUCGCCCAAAAACAAAAAGGAUCUUCCACAUCUGCUAAAGUCAAAACAAGCCUAAUCAACUUUGUUAGGGCCAACAGCCUCAACUCUUACUGCUCUGCUCUUGAGAUAACUACCAAUGAUCAUCCUGGCCUCCUCUCUGAGGUCACUGCUAUACUCUCUGAGCUUUCGUGUGGCGUGGGCUCCGGUGAAAUUUGGACUCACAAUGGUCGUGCUGCUUUCAUUCUUUACAUAACAGAGCAAUUCACGGGCCAACCCAUCUCUGACCCAACUCACUUGGGUUAUGUGGAGGAACAAGUGAGAUGCAUAGUGAAGGCUCACCACUUUCCAGGGGAGCUAUGGCGCGUGCGAUUGCUAGGCCCCACCAACCAUCAAAUUCACACGGAGCGGCGAUUACAUCAAUUGAUGCAAGAGGAUAAAGAUUAUGAGAUUGAAUCACCAUUGUCUCCCUUUAAGAAUGGUCACUUUUGCUUGGUUAAUAUGGAUAUAGAGGCCAAGAGGUGGCUUGGCGGUGAUGGUGGAGGUAAUGGAGCAGUGUGUGGGCCAUAUGUGUCAAUUGAGACAUGGAAGGAGAGAGAUUAUUUGGUGGUGAAUGUCAGGAGUAGGGAUAGGCCUAAGCUAUUAUUUGAUACAGUUUGUACAUUGACAGAUUUAGACUAUGAUGUAUUUCAUGCCUCUAUGAGCUCUCAUGGAUCAAUAGCAAUUCAAGAAUACUAUGUGCGGCGGAUGGAUGGGUGCUUGAUUAACAAGGAAAUGGAAAGGCAGAGCAUAGUUCAAUGUUUGGUAGCAGCCGUAGAACGAAGAAUACCUCAUGGACAAAAAAUAGAGUUGCGUACUUUAGAUCAACAUGGUUGGCUCUCAGAUUUAAGUAGAGCUUUUAGAGAGAAUGGUCUAUCACUAGAUAAUGCAAAGUUUGCCAAGGAGGGAAAUUGGGUCAUUGGCACUUUUUAUAUUACUGAUUUUUCAUCUUCUGUAUUUGAUAGAGUUAUGAAUCAACAAAGACUAGAGGCACUAUACAACACAGUUGAUAGCAACAUCAUCUUUGACAAGAAGGAACAUGCCGAUAAUGAGUACCUUGGUUGCAGAAAAGGGGGACUAAUGUUGAGGAGCCACUUUAAUAUGUUAAAGUGGACUAACUCAUCAGUUCAGUGGAGUUGGAAUGUGCAUCAAGUGUUCUAUUCCUUAGGGAGUCUUAUGAGGUCAUAUAUUGACUGCUUCUCCAAAAAAUUUGGUUUUAUUCAAUCAUAAAUAAAUCAUAAUAUCAACUCUGUA